CCGCGGCCGAGCGACUGGGACGACAUGAUUCAGCAACCAGGCCCACUCACCGUCAAGGAGGACGCCGUCGAGCCAGCCGAGGACCUUCGCGCCUUUGUGGAGGCCAAGGCGGAGCCGCCCAUCUACAUCGGCUGGGGCUCGAUGGUGUGUCGCUCCGCCACCUUCAUGACCGAGCUCGCCUGCCGUGCCAUCUGGCUGGCAAAUGCGCGCGGUGUCGUGCUCGGCGGUUGGGCGAAGCUGAGCGUAGAUGCGCUGGACCGCAGUAAGGCGGACUUCGCGAAUCUGAAGGCGUACGUCGACGCGAAUGUCUUCUUUGUGCCGCCCGCCGCGGCGUGCCCCCACGAGUGGCUCUUCCGUCGCUGCAAGCUGACGGUCCACCAUGGGGGCGCCGGCACCAUGGUCGCCGCUGUGCGCGCGGGCCGCCCUACCAUCAUCACUCCGGUCGCCUUUGAUCAGCACGUUCACGCGAGGUGGGUGUCCCGGAUCGGCUGCGGCAGAGGCACCAGCGCGCUGGGGCGCGUCACUCCCAAGGAGCUCCUGGGCGCAAUCAAGAAGUGCAACUCCACCGAAAUGGUGGAGACCGCGAAGAGGAUCGGGGAACUCGUCCGAUCGGAGAACGGCGUGGAGUCCAGCGUCAAGAUGAUCGGCAGCUACUUG